AUGUCCUCCAUUUUCUUUUUAAAUGCCUUCAACGCUUUUAUCCUUCUUCAUGAGACACUAACAACAGACGACUCUAAACACUUCUUUACCACAUCCAAGAUAUUUUCGCUUCCGCUUCCGGUCGAUACCAAAAUACACAGCAAUAUUCUGAAAGUUUACUGUUCAUUAUCUAUCUAUCUAUCUAUCUAUCUAUCUAUCUAUCUAUCUAUCUCAUUCUAUUCUAUUCACAUCUCUCUCUCUCAGUCUAUUGACAUCUAUCUAUCUAUCUAUCUAUCUAUCUAUCUAUCUAUCUAUCUAUCUAUCUAUCUAUCUAAUACAUCUAUUCAUAUCUAUCUAUCUAUCUAUCUAUCUAUCUAUCUAUCUAUCUAUCUAUCUAUCUAUCUAUCUAUCAAAGACUAUUCAUAUAUAUCUACCACUGUCUGUUCAUUAUCUAUCUCAAUCUAUUUAUAUAUAUCCAUCAUUAUCUAUCUAUCUAUCUAUCUAUCUAUCUAUCUAUCUAUCUAUCUUUUUAUUACAGUCUAUUUAUAUAUGUCUAUCACUGUCUAUUCAUUAUCUAUCUAUCUAUCUAUCUAUCUAUCUAUCUAUCUAUCACAGUCUAUUCACAUCUCUCAAUCUGUCUAUUCACAUCUAUUUCUCUCAGUCUAUUCACAUCUAUCUAUCUAUCUAUCUAUCUAUCUAUCUAUCUAUCUAUGUCUAUUCAUAUCUAUUUAUCUCUAUUCAUAUCUAUCUAUUUUCAUAUCUAUCUAUCUCUAUUCAUAUCUAUUUACAUCUAUCAUAUCUAUCUAUUUUCAUAUCUAUCUAUCUAUCUGUCUAUUCAUAUCUAUCUCAGUCUAUUCAUAUCUAUCUAUUCUAUCUAUUCUAUCUAUCUAUUCAUUCAUCUAUCUAUCUAUCUAUCUAUCUAUCUAUCUAUCUAUCUAUCUAUCUCAUUCUUUUCUUACCUAUCUAUCGAUCUAUCUAUAUAUCUGUCUCAUCUGUUCGCAUUUCUCUCUCUAUCUCUAUCUAUCUAUCUAUCUAUCUAUCUAUCUAUCUAUCUAUCUAUCUAUCUUGACAGCCACAAACAGACUAUGGGAUCUAUCUACCCAUCGCAGUCUGAGCGUAUAUAUCUAUCUCUCUAUAGCAGUCUGUUCGCAUCUACUACCCCUGUUCAUUUUUCUAUCUAUCUAUCUAUCUAUCUAUCUAUCUAUCUAUCUAUCUAUCUAUCUAUCUAUCUAUCUGUUUUCGUACAUAUCUAUCUAUCUAUCUAUCUAUCUAUCUAUCUAUCUAUCUAUCUAUCUAUCUAUCUAUGUCUUGUUCAAAUCUAUCUAUCUAUCUAUCUAUCUAUCUAUCUAUCUAUCUAUCUAUCUAUCUAUCUAUCUGUCUGUUUGUCUCACAGUCAGUCUAUAUGAAUGUAUGUAUGUAUGUAUGUAUGUAUCUAUCUAUCUAUCUAUGUCUGUCGCAUCUAUCUAUCUAUCUCAGUCUGUAGGUAUAUACGUAUCUAUCUACCGAUCUAUCUAUAUCUGUUCGUAUCUAUCUUUCUAUCCAUCUAUUUCAGUCUGUUCGGAUCUAUCUGUUUAUCUCAGCCUUCAAAUGGAAGAUAAAAAAAAUAUUUACCAAAAAAAGAGUACUCUCUUUAAUCCCUCGUGGUCACACGAUCAAUCGGCAAAGACGCCGCGGACAGAGUACGAAAGCCAUUAA